UGCUUCGCCCCGGUCAUUGGGAAUGCAGCCCGUUAGUCCCAGCUUGUGAGCAUUCGCCGGUUGACUCGCAUCCGAGGGCUUUCUUCGUCCCAUCUGACACCGCUCGACUGGUCCACGUGUGCCUUACUUCCCUUUGAUCGAUCUGACAUUCAUCUGCACGCCGAGAAAUCACCGCGACAUCCUCCACAUCGGACUGAGUGAGGAAUCGCCGUGUGCCUCGCACAUUGCCCUCCAAGAUGACGUCCCUGGCACCUCUGGACCCCAUCACCAAUGGGUCGGCGGAUCGCAAUAAGAAGGUCGCCUACUUCUACGACUCCGACGUGGGAAACUAUGCCUAUGUCUCCGGACACCCCAUGAAGCCCCAUCGCAUAAGAAUGGCCCACAGUCUGGUCAUGAACUAUGGCCUCUACAAGAAGAUGGAGAUCUACCGGGCGAAACCCGCCUCGAAAUACGAAAUGACCCAAUUCCACACGGACGAGUACAUCGACUUCCUUUCCAAAGUAACACCGGACAACAUGGACUCUUUUGCGAAGGAACAAAGCAAGUAUAAUGUCGGGGAUGAUUGUCCCGUCUUUGAUGGGCUCUUUGAGUUUUGCGGUAUCAGCGCGGGAGGCAGUAUGGAGGGUGCCGCACGGCUCAACCGCAACAAGUGCGACAUUGCCGUCAACUGGGCUGGUGGUCUUCACCACGCCAAGAAGAGCGAGGCCAGUGGAUUCUGUUAUGUGAACGACAUCGUUCUGGGUAUCCUGGAACUGCUGCGGUUCAAGCAGCGAGUGCUCUACGUUGAUAUUGAUGUCCACCACGGCGAUGGUGUCGAGGAAGCAUUCUACACGACGGACCGUGUGAUGACGGUGUCCUUCCACAAGUACGGCGAGUACUUCCCGGGUACGGGUGAGCUCCGCGAUAUCGGAGUGGGGCAGGGCAAGUACUACGCCGUCAACUUCCCUCUCCGCGACGGCAUCGAUGAUAUCUCGUACAAGAGUAUUUUCGAGCCCGUCAUUAAGAGCGUCAUGGAAUGGUACCGACCCGAAGCGGUGGUCCUGCAGUGCGGUGGCGACAGUCUGUCGGGCGACCGGCUGGGGUGCUUCAACCUCAGCAUGCGGGGACACGCCAACUGCGUCAACUUUGUCAAGAGCUUUAACCUGCCAACCAUGAUUCUCGGCGGUGGGGGCUACACGAUGCGCAACGUGGCACGUACAUGGGCCUUUGAGACCGGUAUCCUUGUCGGCGAUACUCUCACGGCGGACCUUCCAUACAAUGAUUAUUAUGAGUACUUCGCACCCGAUUACGAGCUGGACGUGCGUCCGUCAAACAUGGACAACGCAAACACUAAGGAAUACCUUGACAAGAUCCGCACGCAGGUCGUGGAGAACCUCAAGCGGACUGCUUUUGCGCCGUCGGUGCAGAUGACAGACGUGCCCCGGGAGCCUCUCGUGGAGGGUAUGGACGACGAGGCCGAUGCGAUUUUGGACGACCUGGAUGAGGAUGAGAACAAGGACAAGCGCUUCACCAAGCGACGCUUCGACCAGUACAUUGAGAAGCCCGGCGAACUCAGUGACAGUGAGGACGAGGACGAGGCGGCGGCCAACGGCGUCCGCCGGCAACCUGGCGUGCUCAAGCGGAGGAAUCAAGUCAACUACCGGAACCUCGACGUCAACGAUUCGGGCCUUGAAAGUGGCAUGGCGACGCCACAGGAUGCCUCUUCGAUCCCGGACGAUGAUAUGGAUACGACAGGGGACGCGAAGAUGACCGAUGCCCCCGAGCCGGAGACUGAGGCGCAAGGCACACCCUCUGCGGCCGAAGCGCCGUCCCGGGCAGAGGAGGCAUCUGCGACAGAGCAGACGGAGAUGGCGGUGGACGGGCCAGAACCGGUGGCGCCUUCGGCACCGAUCUCACGGCAGCCGUCUCCCAAGCCCCAGGAUGAAGAUACGCCGAUGUUAGACGCGGGCGAGGCCGCGCCUGAACCGGAGAAAUCUGAGGCGACGCCCGAGGGCCAGCGUGAGGAGAAGAAACCCAGCGAAGAGACGCCUGCGGCCGAUCAGCCCGCCUCGGAAGCAUCGGCCGCUGCGAAAGACCCGUCCCCUCCGAAGGAGACCAGUGAGCCCGCCGCGGCCGCGGAGACGGAAGCGUCCAAGCCGGCCGAACCCAGCGAGACGAGCGAGGCCAAGGGUAAGACUCCCGAAGCGUCCAAGGCCGAGAGCGGAGCGACAACGGAGCAAGGGCCCAGCGCGGAGACAGGCGAGAAACCGACAGAGGCGAGCAAGAGCGAGGAGUGAGUCGACCAAGAGCUGGGUCUACGUUUGGCGCAAAGGACGGCCGGAAGGUGUUUGGGAGAAGCAUCGAUUCGCAUGGGGAUAUUGUACAUUUGAAGCAUGAUUUGGUUGAUUGAUUAGAUCUAUUCUUGUUGUACCGGCUAAAUACUACGUCUAUCUAUACCUCC